AUGAAUACAUGUGCUGGCACUAGGUCUUUGAAUCUCCCAGGUCUGGGGGCGCCACUGGGAAUCACUCUAUAUGGACUUUCGUUCCUAUUCGUCCGCUUGAGACAGCAGGCCGGACAUUACCCGGCAAAAUCAGAACGUGGCUGA